AUGUCUGUGGAAGAAGUCAUGGCGGUCAGGAACUACGGAAAUGCGACUUUAACUGAAGACGGCAUAAAAAUCUUGGAUCAACAAGCCAAUGAGACAGCUAUUACAGGAAACCCACAGGCUAUCAAUUACGAUGCUAAUAAAAAGGGUUUCGAUGUCCCCUCUAGAACGACAAUUUCUUAUGAUCGAGUACUGUUUGCAGCGGAAAUACGCCAUCCAGAGCUGUCUUUAGCGAAGCAUAAGGCAAACGAGAGACAUGAAGACAAAGUGGAGAGUGAAGCAAAGCUCUUAGAAAUAACUUUUGCAGAUAAAAAGGGUUCCGACCUAGAACCCAAAAAGAUUACACUAUCAUUUUCUGGCGUUUCUGAAGUCGAUAAUGUCAGGGACUGGAUAAUGCAGGAAAGCUAUAGAGAAUCCAGCGUCAAGAGGUCUUUCUUAAUAAUCAUCAAUCCACAUGGGGGGAAAGGUCGAGCAAAUAAGUUGUUCAAGUCAAAAAUCGAACCAAUAUUGAAGGCAAGCAAUUGCCAUUUUGAUGUCAUUGAAACAACACAUCAUGGCCACGCAUUGAAAAUUGCCUUGGAGAUGGACAUCGAAAAGUAUGAUGUAAUAGCUUGCGCUUCAGGCGAUGGUAUUCCUCAUGAGGUUCUCAAUGGACUUUUCCAAAGACCAGAUCGUGCAAAAGCGUUCACUAAAGUAGCUAUUACCCAGCUGCCCUGUGGGUCUGGAAAUGCUAUGAGCGCGACAUGCCACGGAACUUCAAAUCCAUCCUACGCAGCAUUAAGAAUAUUAAAAUCACCGGAGCUAAGAAUGGAUAUAAUGUGCUGUUCCCAAGAAUCAUAUCAUAAACAACCGAAACUUUCAUUCCUGAGCCAAACUUAUGGUGCUAUCGCUGAGGCGGAUAUCAAUACAAACUUCAUAAGAUGGGUAGGCCCUGCGAGAUUCAACUUGGGUGUGGGGAUGAAUGUAUUGCAAAGAAAGAAAUACCCCUGUGACAUUUACGUAAAGUAUGCUGCAAAGUCGAAAGACGAUUUGCGGAACUAUUAUCGCAGUCACAAAACCAUCGCCUCUAAUAGAACGGUGGACUUCCAGCAACAGCAGUUUAAUACUUUGAAGGAUGAAGAUUUCAACCUCAGGUUUCCAUUUUCGAAGAGCACAGCGGAAGAUUGGGAAAAGAUAGAUACAGAUCUCACCUCUAACAUCAGUAUCUUUUAUGCAGGAAAAAUGCCAUACAUUGCGACUAAUACCGAAUUCUUUCCAGCUGCACUUCCUGACGACGGAACAAUCGAUUUAAUUUUGACGGAUACAAGGACCUCCAUCUCAAAAACCGCACGAAUUUUACUUUCGUUAGAUAAGGGUACUCAUGCUUUACAACCUGAAGUGGUUUAUUCUAAAGUCGUUGCUUACAAGCUAAUUCCAAAAGUUAAAAAAAGCAUGCUUUAUAUUGACGGAGAGAACUUUCCUUUUGAGCCUCUGCAAGUCGAAAUUUUGCCGCGUUUGUGCAAAACAUUAUCAUUUAAUAGUUCUUACGUAGAUACAGGUUUCGAAUCGAUGUAG